AUGAUAGUGAUUUUUCUGUUAUUCAUCUUCUUCGUUCCCCCAGUGAAUUGUGUGGACCGUCACGCGCGGCAGGACCCGGACCGAGUGGCGCUGUUGUGGGAGAAGGACGAACCGGGCCAGGAGGAGCGGGUGACAUACAGGCAGCUUCAGGAUGAGGUGUGUCGCCUGGCCAACGUCCUUCGGGCUAGCGGCGUGGGGCGCGGGGACAGAGUGGCCCUGUACCUACCUGUGUCGCCCCUCGCCGUCACCGCCAUGCUCGCCUGCGCCAGAAUCGGGGCUGUCCACUCCGUCGUCUUCGCUGGCUUCUCCGCCGACGCUCUGGCUUCUAGGAUCCAGGACGGUGAGUUUUCCUCAAUACUUUUUUGUCCUUUUCCCUUUCAACGCUACCUCCGUUACUGAAAACAAAAAGCAACAAC